AUGGACUAUUUCCACUCUGCGUUCGGAUCUGUCUCCGCUCUCAUCAUGCCCAGUCGCCAUCCUUCAGGGAGCUCCUCUGCUGCUCGAACAGUCGAGCGAAAAGACAGCUCUGGCCAUAGUAGCCUGGCCAAAACGAAGGGAGCCGAAGUUGCGCGCCCAGCGGAGAGGUCGGGAGGUGCCCUUGGGAUGCAGACCGGUGACGGCUCUCGCCACGAUGGCAGUCUUGGGCGGGGUAGCUAUCGCGAUGCCGAGCAGCCCAGCCCCGCCAGAAUGGAGCAUUCGAGGAGAGAAGAGCUCCAUCAUCUACAGAACGAAGUAAUGCAGAAGCAAAGACGUAUCGAUGAGCUCGAACGCGAAAACCGGCAUCUUCGGGACACUGUUUCUGAUGUCGGCGUCCGGAAUACUAUGGUCGACCUUAUCUCGAUGGCAGAUGUGCGCAGGAAGAUGGAGGACUUAGAGGCGGAGAUAUAUCAGCUGGCGGCAGGACUCGCAGAUUCUCGCGUUCACCCGAGAAAGGCUGAUUUCGCGGCUGGGAGGCGGGACACCGACUGGCUGAAGUAUAUUCGGGGCGUGCUUGGGGCAGAAAUGGCCAAUGCUGUGGCUGACCCUCAUCAAGCGCCGUCCGAUCUCGUCGUCCAAAUGGCACUCCAAGCUGUCAUCGCAAGGUGGUGCUUCAACAGAGUCAACUCGUGGAGCUUCUUCAGCAGUUCGGUGGAGCAUAAUAAGCUCUUAACCGACUUGUAUGGGUUGGCGAUUCAGGAUGUCGAGGAUAUACGUCACAUUGCAAGAUGGAAAACAAUUACGCACCAGGCCCUGGAAGCCUACGAUAAGGCACAGCCCGAGAGACAGCUUGGAUUGCGCGACUUUAUCGCGAAUGUGUUGGCUCUGGUCGAUCCCCGUUUCACGGUCACCGUGAUCGACACACUCGCAAGUGCCAGAGUGGCCGCUGUCUGCACUCUGGCGUAUAAUUUGCAUCUAAUGAUUACCGCUCAGAUAUUUUCGGAAGCACUCGCGAUUACUUACCAGCAACCCGGAAGCGCAUUUGACCCGGACACAAUGGAGAAUAUGUGGGGCGGUAGGACGGCGACAAGGGACGUGGUCGUUUGUACGACCAACAUAGGGCUGACGAAGAGGGACUGGAAAGGAGAGACGCCGCUAACGGUUGUGGUGAAGCCGAAGCUCGAGGAACACCUCAUCCCUCCCCUCGCAGUCGCUCCUCGAAAGGCAGUCCCUGUGAAGGACGCAUUGCUUGACGAGAAAAGAGGAAACGGCGCGGAAGAGCAGUCAGCAGUGACGGCGAUCGAGAACGACAGGAGUGCUUACGCGAUCCCGCCCUCUUCCUUUCCGACCACGACCACGACCUCAUAUCCCGCCUCAUUCCGAUGGCCGACUACGCUUACGCGUUCAAGGCACCCGCUCCCCCCUCACUCCUCUUCCUUCUACCAACAACCACCGAGCCAAACGACCCCUCGCUCGUUCGUCAGCCCCGCCCAGCCCCAAUAUGGUCACACAUCCGCGACCUCCCAGCCGUUCGCUCCUCCCGCUUCUCAGCCACAACAGCCCCAGCAACAACCCGCGUCGCUGCUAUGGACAUCGCUGGAGCCGUGGAUGGACCACGAAUACGCUCGCCAAGUUUGCUCCCUCCUUGGCUGGGAUGCGCGGGUGCAAGUGCCGCCUGCUGACGGGGGAAGUGGGACGACAGCAAACAACGCGGGGUAUGCUGUCUUGACGUUUUCGAGUGUGGAGGCUGCUCAGGCAGCAUUGGCAAAGAUUAAUGCUACGUCUGGCGCUGGCUCGAUAAUGACGAUGCCUAAUUCGUCGCGGACCUUCGAAAUGCGCUGGGCACCGAGUGGCUUGACUACUCUCCCAUCCAGCUCAUCUACGGCCUCCUCGCUAUCCUCGCCGCCAUCCAUCAACCAAUUCUCUUCUACUACCGCUUCCCUCCCUCCAAUAUCAUCGACAUCGUACCCCAAUAUCGUCUCGCCAACCUCGCCGCUAUCUCCUGUCAGCGGCGAGGGUCCAAAUCAGUACGGAUACAAUGGCUAUUCCUCUCAAGUGUCUGCGGGAGCUGCUUACUCGACGGCUGCGGCGGCGUAUCCCAAAGAAUACAGCAUUUUCGUUGGCGACCUCGCUCCGGAGACAAGUAAUAGCGACCUCGUUGCCGUCUUUCGCAAUCCGGUCCUUGGGCUGCGAAACGAUCGUGCGCCAAAGUUCAUUCGUCCGUUUACAAGCUGCAAGAGCGCGAAGAUCAUGCUGGACCCUGUCACUGGUGUCAGUCGGGGCUACGGCUUUGUCAGAUUUAUCGAUGAGGCAGACCAGCAACGCGCGCUUAUCGAGAUGCACGGGCUUUAUUGCCUGUCACGGCCCAUGCGUAUCUCACCCGCAACGGCGAAAUUCAAGCCAGCGGGAAUGCCGGAAUCGUCCAGUCUUGCAAGUAUUGCAAGCGUCUCUGCAACCAACGCGGAGACGGUUGGUGUCUCAGCCAGUGUCUCUGCCCCGAUCGCAGGCUACCAAAUUCCACCCGCACCUUCCGCCCUCCCCACUCCGCCUCCUUCAAGUCAUGACGCGGUCUCUGCGGAAUGGAAACACCACGCUCACGCCCGCGCUAUCCUUGGCAACAUGAUUGGUCCGAACGGGGAGCAAUUGACGAGCACAGACCCUUACAAUACGACGGUGUUUGUGGGAGGGUUAAGCCCGCUGGUGGGAGAGGACACGUUGCGGACAUUUUUCGUGCCGUUUGGGGAGAUUCACUACGUCAAGGUCCCAGUGGGGAAACACUGCGGCUUCGUCCAGUUCGUUCGCAAAGCUGAUGCGGAACAAGCUAUCGAGAAGAUGCAAGGUUUCCCUGUUGGAGGAAGUCGCAUUCGUUUGAGCUGGGGCCGGAGUCAAUACAAGGCAGCCCAAGCUGCCGCUCAAGCUGCCCAAGCUGCUGCAAUGCAAGCUUCGACAGCUCCCCCUCAGCCUCCCGUUUCCCAAGCAGAGCCACCUGCACCAUCUCCAGCUGGAUUUACGCCUCAAAUGUUGGCGGAAAUGACGCCUGAGCAGAUCGUAAUGCUACUUCAGAAGUUUGGGCCUCAGGCGUUAUUUGGCAAUACUUCCGCAACCUCGGCAACCUCCGCACCCCCACCUGCCGCUCCCGCAUCGCAGUCACAACCGCAAAUUUCGCUCAAUCCUUAUGUGUCAACUACCAUGACCAAUCCUUACCCAUCUCCCUCCACGACCACGACCUCAGACCCGUUCCGCACAUACACCGCUUCCCCAAACCACAGCGUAAACGUAACAACGAACACGAGUCAGACUCCGUAUACUGAGGACUCGAUGAAGAUACGACGAGAAGAUGGCCCGUUUUCGUAUAGCCAACGAACUGCGUAUGAAGUUACUCCACCGCCUGCAUCAUCCUCGUUCUCGCCUUUCUCCCCCGACCCCAGCCAAUCCACGCAACAACACCAAUCCUCUAACGGGUUGUAUGCGCCCCUGCCGGAUAUGUUGGCAACGCGGAGAGACUCGUAUUCUUCCGGACUCAAGUCGUAUAGCGGGUAUUAUCCCUCGGUCGGCGGUGGAGGAAGCAGUCCGACCAGAGGUGGUCUUGGAUCGGGGUCCCCUCCUACCUUCCAGGUCAAUCGAUACCAAGACCAAAUGGUUGCUUCUCGCCAGCCCAUCUCCCGACCUGCUUCUGGUUCCGCUGCUGUCCGCAACAACGUUGACGACAUGUACAUGCACGAGCUGAACGGCACACUCGCCAAUCUCGAUCUGGGUCGUGGCUGGCAACUCAAAAGCCCAAUCAACGACACUCGCAGCAACGCAAGUGCGGACAGCGCCAGCAGUGGUGCUAGUGUGCAAUUUCGGAUGACGCCUUCCCCGCCUUGA